GUUCGGGACUCCCGCAUGCCGGCGGGGACAUCCGCGCACUCUCCGCCGGCUCUGGUGAUGCCAUGCCCCGGAACCACAGCGGAGACGAAGGCGGCACCGCCGGGCUCUGGAUGAGGACGGCCCCGGUGCACCGGAGCGACUCGGGGCUGAAGGAUGUGGAGUUCGGCCGGAGGAUGAUGAGCAGCGCGGGCGACGGGCUGCUGGCUCCGGCCGGUCCGGACAGCCUGCCGGGGAAGCAGGGAGCCCGGCUCAGCCUGCUGGGGAAGCCGCUGGUGUACAGCGCGCAGAGCGCCCGGAGGAACGUCCGGUACCGGCGGCUGCAGAACUACCUGUACAACGUCCUGGAGAGACCCCGAACCUGGGCCUUCAUCUACCACGCGUUCGUGUUCAUCCUGGUCUUCAGCUGCCUGGUGCUCUCGGUGUUCUCCACCAUCCCCGUCCAUCAGGACUUCUCGUCCAACUGCCUGCUCAUCCUGGAGUUUGUGAUGAUCGUGGUCUUCGGGUUGGAGUACAUCAUCCGGAUCUGGUCCGCCGGGUGCUGCUGCCGGUAUCGAGGAUGGCAAGGUCGACUUCGCUUCGCCAGGAAACCGUUCUGUGUCAUAGACAUCAUCGUCCUGAUUGCGUCAGUGGCGGUGGUCUCGGCGGGCAGCCAGGGGAACAUCUUCGCCACCUCGGUCCUGCGGAGUCUGCGCUUCCUGCAGAUCCUCCGGAUGGUUCGGAUGGAUCGAAGAGGAGGAACCUGGAAGCUGCUGGGAUCGGUGGUGUACGCUCACAGCAAGGAGCUGGUCACGGCCUGGUACAUCGGCUUCCUGGUUCUGAUCUUCUCCUCGUUCCUCGUCUACCUCGUGGAGAACAAGUUCAACAAGGAGUUCGAGACGUACGCCGACGCGUUGUGGUGGGGCAUGAUCACCUUGACAACCAUCGGUUAUGGAGACAAAACGCCGAAGACGUGGACGGGACGAAUGCUGUCCGCAGGCUUCGCCUUCCUCGGCAUCUCCUUCUUCGCCCUGCCAGCAGGGAUUCUGGGUUCAGGCUUCGCCCUGAAGGUCCAGGAGCAGCACCGACAGAAGCAUUUUGAGAAGAGGAGGAACCCGGCCGCCUACCUUAUCCAGUGUGUUUGGCGUAGUUACGCGGCUGACGAGAACUCUGUUUCCGUUGCUACCUGGAAGCCUCACUUGAAGGCGUUGCACACCUGCAGCCCGACGAAGAGGGAGCAGGGAGAGUCGAGCACCAGCCAGAAGCUGAGCUUCAAGGAGCGGGUGAGGAUGGCGAGCCCCCGCGGUCAGAGCAUCAAGAACCGGCAGACGUCCUCGGGGAACGACCGGCGCUCUCCUGUGACCGACGGCGGAACGGAGAGCACGAGUCCCGCCAAAGUCCAGAAGAGCUGGAGCUUCAACGACCGCACCCGCUUCAGGCCAUCGCUGCGCCUCAAGAGCCAAUCCCGCUCGACCACCGACGCAGACUCCAACCUGGCGGGGGAGGACGGGUUCGAUGAGAAGGGCUGUCACUGCGACAUUUCUGUAGAGGACUUGCUGCCGUCGGUGAAGACCGUCAUCCGAGCCGUCAGGAUAAUGAAGUUUCAUGUAGCAAAGAAGAAGUUUAAGGAGACGCUGCGCCCGUACGAUGUGAAGGAUGUGAUCGAGCAGUACUCUGCUGGUCACCUGGACAUGCUGUGUCGCAUUAAAAGCCUGCAGACCAGGCUGGACGGGAUAGUCGGCCCACGAGCCCUGAGCAGCCGAGUGAAGACUUUUUCCUCUUCCUCCCUGUAUGUCUGUGACAGCCAGGGCAGAAAGAACUCCAACCAGGGGGUGGACCAAAUCCUGGGGAGGGGUCAGAUCCCUCUGGAUAAGAAGAUACGAGAGAAGUUGCUGUCUGAGGGGGAAAUACUGGAGGACAUGAGCAUGUUGGGCCGGGUCUGUAAGGUGGAACGGCAGGUCCAAUCCAUCGAGUCAAAGUUGGACUCUCUGCUCGACAUUUAUCGUCAGGUUUUACGUAAAGGCUCUUCUUCAGCCAUCACGCUCUCCUCCCUGCCCCUGUUCGAGCUGGAACAGACCUCCGACUACAACUCCUCGGUCUUCAGUAAGGACCUGUCCAGUUCUGCUCAGGUGAGCAGCGGUGGAGCGCCUCCUUCAGGUGGUUUUGGCACAUGCUGCUCAACCAGUCCCCACCUUUCCCAGGGAGGACUCCAUCUGAUCCUGGCACCUCCGAACGAGCUUAACCUUAGCACCUCCUCUUCCACACCUCCCUCUGGCCUCGCAUCUUCCCGUUUCAGCCAGUCGCCCCUGCAUCAUCGUCAUCAUAAGCAGGUUCAAGCCACGUCACCUGAAAGCGGUACCGACUAUGCUGUUCUCACCCCGAACAGCACCAGCAGUUCUGGGGGCCGGGGAGUCGGCGGAGGAGAGUUUUCACUUUUAGCGAGGCUUCCACCGCCCCCGUCCACCCGGAGUGGACAAGGAAAGUUGGUGCGAGGGACGCAUACAGAGACAUGUCCUGAAAUAGAGGACUUCUGCGGGGGGUUAGGGAGGCAGGUGGAGGACACGGGUCUCCAGAAGGACCUUGAACUGGAGCUGGAGCUGAGCCCACUGGGCCAGCAAGGCAGCACCAACUGCAGGCUUACUGCCAAGGAGGACGGCUCCUGGAGGAGGCACAUGAGCCUGGAGCUGGAGCCUCUCGUGCCCCCGGUUCCCGGCUGCUGCUCGGGACCCGUCCAAAUGGACCGAGGACUGGGUAAGUCCAUGUCUGUGCAGGACCUGAUGCAGGUCUCCCCUGUCCAUGCUGCCCACCAAAGCCACAGCCUGUCAUCUCCGAGCCCCAGCACGAGCAGCGACUCUCCCAUCGGCUUCCACGGCAGCAGCCAGGACCCAGGGGGAGGAGGCAGGGAUGGGGGUGAAGGAGGUGGAGGCAGCUGGGGGGAGGAGGACCUCUUUAUCAGCGACAGGGACAUGAAGGGGCAGGGGUUCAACUUCUUGUCACACAGGACCACUGAGGCUCACACCUUUUCUCAAACGCUCCUGAGGACAGGAGGCAGAGGGGGGGCAGGGUCCCGGGACUCCAACCGAAGUCUGGCCAGCGGUCCAACAUCCUCCCCCACCUCCGGCAGCGCCGAACUAAUGAACAUGCCCCACGUUCGGCUAAAAUAG